AUGUGGUCCGUUCCGUUGGCUUGGCCAUUCGGAGUGUCACAGCAUGCUCAACAGUCCACAACGGACGCCUCUCAACGGGAUCUUCGAAUUCGCUUAUCCUAUUCUGCCGUCGUUAGGGUAUCAUAUCGAAAGGUGCUUUCUGCAAUCUGGAAAGUGUGGUGUCUGGUGGAAAGUGUUAGAUUAAAGGAGGCAAACUCGACCAAAGCGGAAUUUAUCUACGACCUGUUGUGUGCGGAUGCACUCCAACCACAGGCUCAUAAUUUAGAAGUGAACACUCUGCUGGAGCUGUAUGACGGUCAGCACAUUCAUUGCGUUGGACUGUUUGCUAAGGAUGAGCCUCAAUUCCGCCAACUGAUCGAAUCACCCUCGAGGUAUGCCGAGGACAAUGACUGUGCAGGCACACAGAUCUCAGCCACGGAAACAAAUACCAAGGAAACGCUGGAAUUCAAAUCAGAGGGCAUGGCGCAUGCGGAGCAAGUAGAGACAAUCCCCAAACCAGCAGAUACUUUCCCCGCUCGGGUUUCAUCCUCUGACGCUGUCGAUGACAAUAAAGCUGGGGAUGAGGAAGAAAAUGAUGAUGAUGACGAUGACAGCUUGGAUGAGUCUUUCGAGAAAAUCAGCCCAGAACCAAUGAUGGAAUAA